CUGACGAGGGCCGGGUACGGGAGGGAUGCUGGGAGCUUUGACUCACUCGCACACCAUGUGUCCCUCCGCGCGCAGCACGGGGGACUUUUCGGUGGGGAUUUUGGGCGCCGACCAGACGCGGCAUUUUCGGAAAAUAGCGCCUUGUGCAGCUGAAGCGCUUUGUGUUUAGCUGGGCCGCGUCAGCCCGGCCGGGUACGAGGCGCCUCGGGUCCCCGAACCACCUCCUGCUGCUCCCCGGCCGCCGCUCCCGAAGCUUUUCCAGAUGUCCCUGGUAGAUUUGGGAAAGAAGCUUUUAGAAGCGGCUCGAGCAGGUCAAGAUGAUGAAGUUCGUAUUUUGAUGGCUAAUGGAGCUCCUUUUACUACAGACUGGCUUGGAACUUCUCCACUUCAUCUGGCAGCACAGUACGGACAUUAUUCCACCACAGAAGUACUACUCCGAGCCGGUGUAAGUAGGGAUGCCAGAACCAAAGUGGACCGAACGCCGCUGCAUAUGGCAGCUUCUGAGGGCCAUGCCAGCAUAGUGGAGGUUUUGCUUAAGCAUGGCGCUGAUGUCAAUGCAAAGGACAUGUUGAAGAUGACAGCUCUACACUGGGCCACAGAACACAAUCAUCAAGAGGUGGUGGAACUCUUAAUCAAAUAUGGUGCUGAUGUACACACGCAAAGUAAAUUUUGUAAAACUGCGUUUGAUAUUUCAAUAGACAAUGGGAAUGAAGAUUUAGCAGAGAUACUACAGAUUGCUAUGCAGAACCAAAUCAACACAAACCCAGAGAGUCCCGACACUGUGACGAUACACGCUGCAACACCACAGUUUAUCAUUGGACCUGGAGGGGUGGUGAACCUAACAGGUCUGGUAUCUUCAGAAAAUUCAUCCAAGGCAACAGAUGAAACGGGUGUAUCUGCUGUUCAAUUUGGAAACUCCUCUACAUCAGUAUUAGCUACAUUAGCUGCCUUAGCUGAAGCAUCUGCUCCAUUGUCCAAUUCUUCAGAAACUCCAGUAGUGGCUACGGAGGAAGUAGUUACUGCAGAAUCUGUGGAUGGUGCAAUUCAGCAAGUAGUUAGUUCAGGGGGUCAACAAGUCAUCACAAUAGUUACAGAUGGAAUUCAGCUUGGAAAUUUGCACUCCAUUCCAACCAGUGGAAUAGGUCAGCCCAUCAUUGUGACCAUGCCAGAUGGACAACAAGUAUUAACAGUACCAGCAACAGACAUUGCUGAAGAAACUGUUAUAAGUGAAGAACCACCAGCCAAGAGACAAUGUAUUGAAAUAAUUGAAAACCGGGUGGAGUCUGCAGAAAUAGAAGAGAGAGAAGCUCUUCAGAAACAGCUGGAUGAAGCUAAUCGAGAAGCACAAAAAUAUCGACAGCAACUUCUAAAGAAAGAACAGGAAGCAGAGGCCUACAGACAGAAAUUAGAAGCUAUGACUCGUCUUCAGACUAAUAAAGAAGCUGUUUAAUUGAAAUGAACAUAUAGUUUGAGUUUACUUUUGGUCAAGAAAGAAUACAGUCUUGAACUGUACACAGUAAGGUGCAGUCAUGGGAAGACAGGAUAAUAAAAGAGACUGCAGCUUGAUAAUUGGACUUAAGCCAUGAGCUCUGGAUUCUUGUAACAUAAAACUUUACUUUAGAAGUUGUGAAAUGUAUUUAAAACUGAAUUCUGUAAAUAGUUUUUUUUUUUUUACAGUUCCAAAUGCGUUGAUAAAGAUUGUUGAAGAGAUCCCAAAACACAAUAA